AAUUUGCGUGCGCGCUCACGAUCCAGACGACCGUGCCGAAGCCACAGACUCUCCGGCAUCACCACCAUCCCGCCACUGCGUUAUCGUUAUCCACCUCCGGCGAAGAGCACAAUGUCUGAAGAGAAGCCGAAGGAGGGCGUGAAGACCGAGAACGACCACAUCAACCUGAAAGUAGCUGGUCAGGACGGGUCAGUCGUUCAGUUCAAGAUCAAGAGACACACGCCUCUCAGCAAGCUCAUGAAGGCGUACUGCGAGAGACAGGGACUGUCGAUCCGCCAGAUAAGAUUUAGGUUUGAUGGACAGCCGAUUAAUGAGACGGACACACCUGCACAGCUGGAAAUGGAGGACGAAGACACUAUUGACGUAUUUCAACAACAGACGGGAGGAAGCUUCUCCUAAAAAUCUUUGGACCAUCUACAUAUUUUAUCCAUGUUGUCUUUGUUUAUUGCUAUUUUUUUGUUUUUAAAAUCCCCCCUGGCUCUGUGCUGCUCGCUUUAUCCAUUUUUGUUUCUGUUAGGGGCCGUGCAUCACUGAUUUGAGAAGAGGGUUUGCCAUGAAGAGAAGUUGAUUUUAGGAUGGGAUCAGGUUCAUGCUAAAAGUCAUGCAUCAACAUUGUUACAGUUUAGGAGCAGUCACUUUAUGUAUCCAUGCGUUAUGUGUUGGACGAAUGAUAAGGUGUCCUUUACCUCAAUAACACUCUUUCAGAGGGGCGUUAACAGAACAGGAUGAUUUGUUCGACCAAAAAUUUCUUUGUACAUUUCAUAGAAGGUUUUGGUUUGUUUUCCGACAUGGGUGUAGCAGUGCUCCUCACAUGUCAACAGCAGGAAGGUCCACAUGUGGGGAGGAAGGAGUGUAUCGUCUCAUAACCCAUUUUAUUUUCUGUGUUGCCAACUUCAAAAAAUGUCUCGCUCACCAAGAAGAUGUAUUUGACUUGUCCAGUGGUGGAGACCAUCACAGUACAUUUUAAAUAAGCAAAUUUGGGGCUUAAGUUGCUGAAUCCACUGUGUUUUAAUUUGUUUCUACUUUGAUGUCCUGAUACUGUAUACAAUAAAUAUAGUUUGAUACUCAAACUUGUUUUUGUGUU